GACCGUGCGCAUCUUUUUUUCCUCAGUACAGAAUAUCCCUUGCUCAUGGAACGAUACGGAGGAUUUAUCUUGCGCCUCUCUUUCUCUAAACAGUGAUCAACAAACGAUUUAGAUGCCCCUGAAAAAGGUGAUAGCGGACCUCAGUCGAGGAGUGUUUUCCCCUUUAAGUACUAAAAAAGGAAAUUCCCGAAAUUCUCUUCUCUAUUAUCAAAGUCCUGAUACAAAAAACAUACCGAACACACAUAUCUACUAUGAACCGACCGAAGAAUUCGAAUGGGACGCUACAGCAGCCCUGCUCGAUGAAAAUGACGCAGCUGGCGAAAUUAUAGUCCAUAGACUUCCAACAAGUCCAGAUUCUAAAUCAAAUUCCGAUGACUUGGCCUUGAGUGAAUCGCAAAAAGAAAGUCCACCAGCCCUGGACACUCAGUCGUCGGAAACCACCACGAACGAGAAUUCAAACGGCACUAGAGAUAAAGAAAAGGAACGAGCUUACACUGAAGAAGAGUUCACGUCCGCCAUCUUGGCACGUUCGCAUCAAGAAGCGGAACAAACUCAUUCUUCGUCAACUAUUCCAAGUCUUUCCGAUGUUGUUGAAGAAGUGAACGAAGGAAACGGUGAAGAGGUUGAUAUGGCCGAUUCUGGCGUAGCAUCCAUGGUGAGGGACUCUUUGGUGGUAAAUAGUUGCCAGUCCUUGAAUAAUCGCACAGACGGACGAGAGGACUGCGAUUGUGAGAGAAGGUGUUCCAAUCCGAAGCAUUUAGCUGACUGUAAAAAUAGUGAUUACGCAGUUUCUCCAGUUUUGGAACGCAGAAAUAAAGGAGUUUUGGGUAGACUAAGGAAUUUUGCUAGUCGUACCAGUUACAGUACUAGUGAAGAUGGUCAUUCCCAUUCUUCUGACUAUGAAGAACAAGAUGAAGAUAAAAAAGUAGAAGCUCGUUUUUAUAGAGAUUCUAGAGAAAGGACCUCUUCCUCUUGGGCUGGUCGUGUCCGAGAUUUACAUAGAGAUGUCAAAAAGAAAAUAUCAAGACUACGAAAUUCAAGAGGUGCUACUCAAGAUGAAGAGCAAGAAGAAGGGGCGGAGAAUUCUGAUGUUGUCAUUCAACCUGGGAGCUCUGUAGAAAGUAUUCCAAGUGGAUCUGGUUCAAGCCUACAACCUCCGACCCCGACGAGUAGCAACCGCAGUUCGACAUCUGCUGGAGAGGAUGACCACAACUCCUACGUCGGGACGUUUAUUGGGAAAGCUCGUGCACUUGUUGAUUGUACUCCUAGCCCCUAUGAUAGAGAUGGUCUAGCUUUUAAAAAAGGCGAUAUUAUUGAUAUCAUUGCUAAGCACAAAACUGGUAUUUGGGUUGGUAUGGCUCAAGGAAAAGUUGGCCAUUUCAAGUUCAUAAACGUAGAGGAAGUGGUGGAGGAGCGAAAGUGCAAACACAGGCGCCGAAAGAAUAACAUUGAUUGGUUAAACCUGCCAAAAAAGCCUGAAACUUUGGAAGAACUCUUAAAGCAGAUUGGAUUAGAGGAGUAUACCAAUGUUCUGGUUCUAAAUGGAUAUGAUGAAUUAGAUACAUUUAAAGAAAUUGAAAAAGUAGACUUAGAUAGUUUGGGCAUCCUGAACCCUGAACACAGCUCUAAACUUUUAAGAGCAGCAGAAAUUUUACAGGAUGUAGACCUAGAUAUUGAAGAAGACCUGGAGGAUGAAUCACAAAUAAAACAGUCUCCAAGAGACUCUGGUUGCUACGCAAGUCACGAGAACCUAAUCCAACAAGACUCCUCUCAAAGAGCUUUAAACAAUGGCCAGUUUACCGUCGACCUCGAAGAUCAAGAUACUAGUCACUCGGAGAGCGGCACUCACUCGAGAGAGGGACCGGACUCUACUCUAGCCAUGAAUAAUCUUGACCUCAGUGGUGAAUCCGUUACAAAGUCCAUGCCAUCCACCGUGGACGACGUUACUGCAGUGACCAGUACAAAUGAACAUUCUGAAGAACACAUAAAUUAUAACAUUCUUCCUCUUCAAAAGAUUGUCAACAAUGAAGAGGGAAGAACAACAAACAAUAGUGUUGUUGACACUUCCUUACCCAAAAGCGAACCAGGUCCUUUAAGUGUUCCUUAUUUCUUGUCAACAUCUGGUACUAAGUCAUCCCCAGGUUCUCCCAGGAAGGUCAGGAACAAGCAUAAUCGUCACAAGUCCCAUUCACAUAAAAAUAAGGACUUUCUUAGUGAAUUUUCCUACAAUAGUUACACGUACAAUAUUUCUAGAUGUCGGCAGAUAUCGGCCGAAGCGUAUCCCGAAAGAGGGGGCUAUGUCUACGCGUGGACUUCUUUCUCGAGGACGGACAAUAAAUCUUCGAGAAGGAAUCUGCACGAAUACGAUGACAUUGUGAGUGAUCCUGCAACAGAGGCGGAAGAUUCUCCCGGAAGGCACGUUUAUAGGAGAGUUAAGCAGAGGAAGGGUAGUCUGCAGACUUUGAUCCAUGACACAAGGUCACCCUCACCCACUCUUAUUUCAAAAGUGAAUAAAAAACUAGUUGCUGAAAAAAUUUACCUAUAUGAAGAGCCUUAUACUGAUAAGACUGGAUUUUGUGGCAUUCCUCCAGCUUUAGUCCAAAGGUAUUCAGAAGAGCUUCAACAUAGUAUAGUUGAUGUAGCAGAUGCUUUAGAUCAAAUUAGAAUAACAGCUUUACAGCAGCAAUCUCGACGAGGAGUUCCCAAUGACUUUCUAUCAGAUUCCUGUGUAGCCCCAGUGAUUGAACCCAACUACACAAGUCUCCAUGCAUGGCUCAUAUCACUUGGCCUUCCUAUGUACAUGCAAAACUUCUUUGCUGCAGGUAUCACUGAACUCUAUCAGAUAGCAUCCUUAGGUAUCGAUGACCUCACACAUUUAGGCAUCCACGAUCCAUAUCAUCAGGUGUUCCUGGAGUCUGCUCUAGGUGUCCUAUACAUGAAGUUCCAGAGGAGGCCUCACACCUAUACUCAAGGACAUUCACUCUCAUAAUUAUCAUUAACUCUGUGACAUUUUUUCAGUCCUAAAAUUUUUCAAAAGAAUAGGGAGGCUUGUUUAUAUUCAACAUUGAUGAAUAUAGGCAACUUGUCUAUAUUCAACAAUUAAACUAGACAUCAUCUUCCCCCAUAAUGUUAUUUUAUUUGUAAAAAAACUGAUGUACACUAGAGAUUCUGAGAAACCUCACCAUACAUAGUAGUUAUGAGAAGUAGAGCAGAGCUUGUACAAAGUAUAACAAUUUUGCAGUCUAGUCGUUAAAGACUUGAUGCAAAAAUUUCAAAAAAGAGGGUUCGCCAUUUUUUUUUUUUUUUUUUUAAAUAUUAAGAAAUUUGAUGUGUUUUUAUUUAAAUCAGGUUUUUAUUACUUUAAAUCGGAUUUUCUUGAUUUUUUUAACGAGUUUAAUUAUUAUUGAAAUAAUGUUAAAAAUAAAUUAUAAUAUAUUUCAAACAAUGUUUCUGCAUUAAAAGUUAUUUUAUAGUAAUCGUAAUACAUUUAAAUGUGUGAUUCGAAUGAAUUGAAAAUGAAAUAGAAAUUUAUUCUAAAGGAGUAGAAAUGUAAGAAGUUUGAAAAAACUUUUAAUUUUCGGAUUUUUGAGGAUUAUAUAGUUUGCUCUAAAUGCAAACCGUUCAUUUUUUCCCCUCCAAUUUUAUAAAUAAUAGUUAAAAAUUUAAACUUUUGGGAUAGUUUUAAAUGUCUGCAAAUUAUAGACCUUCUAUGGUCAUUAAAUUUUAUCUAUUAAUAUUUGAUGUAGUUGGAAUGUAUUUUAUAAAUUAUGAGUUUGUUUUCAUAAAUUGUCAACUUUAGCAAGCCUUCUUAUUCUUUUAAAAUAUUUUUUUCUUGGAGCUUAUUUUGUUACAAAGUACUUCAAAAGAAAUAUUUAUGUAAACUUUUUUAAUCCAGAUGAGCAUAAUGAAUAUGGUUUAAUGUGAUUCAUAAAAUAAACUUUUUUCCGAAUUGAUUUUCUAAAUAAAUUUAUUUCAAUGAGUACUUGCAUACUAUUUUUGAAUUUAAUUCAGCCAUUUAUAAAAAGUUUUCCACCAACAUUUUUCAAUGAUUGUAAAUGAUGUAAAGUUUAUUAUAAAUUUUCAUCACUGUAUAAAUGCUGUACUUAAAUUUUUAUAUUGCAUUUAUUUAUUUAUUGUUUUUAAACUACUUCGGCACCUGCAACUUAAAAGCAGCAGAUAAUGGUUUUUAAUUGUGAAUGACAAUUUACAACUAAGUUGUUGUUCUUUAUUGUGUUUAAAGGGUAUUUUUUUUAAAAUUGUUUUUAGUUAAACUACUACUACCUUUUUAUCUUCUUAUGUAUCCUUUACAUUCAUUUUCAAAUGUUCGCUUUAAUUAUUAUUCUACAUAGACAAAUUUUUGCAAAAAGGAUCUGUCAAAUGAUUAUUCAUUAAAUGAGAAAAAGGAAAACCAGUUUGUUUGAUUGGAAAGCAACCAGGUUCUAUUGAAAACUGAUUUCAGAACAGAAGAUUAAAAGGCUGAAAGAAAUAAAACUCUAUAAGUGCUUCUCAAUUCAAAGUACUAUAUUUAGUUUAUAAGAUAUAUUUGUAUCAGAAUUUACACCUAAUAAUCCGAUUAUAUGGUCUAAUUUUUAAAUAAAAAAGUUUUUUGGACCAUUUUAUGCAACUUAACAAGUUUUGUCAUAUUAUUAAUUGAUUUGAAAACAUAUUUUAGUAGCUAUAAAUAAAUAUAAUUUUUUUUUUUGGUGCUAAAUCCAAUUUUACUCUUACCCUUUAAAAGUAAUUUAAGAUGUACCUAAAUUUUGAUUUUCUAAUUAUUUUUUAUUUCUGUAAGGUCGAUAAAUCUGUUUCAUAAACUUCAAUAUAACCUAUCUUUACUUACAUGUGAGAAUUUCCUGUCAUGAAUAAAUAAGAUCAUUAAAUUUAAUGCAAUAAAUAAAUAUAAUUUUUGUUCUGAACUUAAUAAUUUUCUUACCAUGUAAAAGUAAAUCAAAAUUAUUGUUUUUAUAAUUUCCAUAAUGCAGAUAAAUUUGUCUCUUAAACUUCAAUAUAGGCUGCUGAAUCUAAUUAUUUUCUUUCCCUAUAAAAGUAAAUAAAAAUGUAAUGAUUGAUUUCCUAUUUAUUUCUUAUUUCUUUAAGGUAGAUAAAUCUGUCUCAUAAACUUCCAUAUUCAUACUUCACAUAUGAGAAUUCUUUCUUGAAUAAAUAAGAUUUAUAUUUUUUCAUGCUUGCACUUAAAACUUUUUUUUGUAUUUUUGGAUCCUGCUGUUUGCUUAUAAAGGCUAAGGUUUAUUACGCAGUUAAAUGAACUCAGAGCUGACAGUUUAACUUGUUUUCAUUAUAUUUUGAAGAUUUUUCAACCAAAUUGUUUUAUUACUUAGUUAUAAUACAUGUGACUAACAUGAAACAGCAUAAAAAAAUAUUUGUGUUGCCAAUAUCAACAGAACAAACAACUGAACUUAGCUAUCUUAUUUAUAUUAAAUAUUAUUCCAUGUCAAAGUUCGUAAAAUAAUUUUAUUCCCUUUGAAGUGAAUAGCAUUUAUAGCUCUAGUUUUAUUUAUUAUUUUUAAAUUCAAUAACUUUCUUUGUUUCUCUCAAAGCUAUAGUUUAUUGAUCAUUCGUAAAAGGAACCUGAAUUCUGUUAAAAAUUAAAUGUUUUAAAUUACAAGAAUUCAAUUGGGAACGAUUCUUUGUUUGCCAAGUCUUGGGAAAUGCAGUUUUAAAAAGGAAAGAAAUUUGAAACAUACAGUUUUGCAAAUGUACAAAAAUAUUUUAGUUGUUAAGUAAAUUCAUCCGAUACAAUAGAUGUAAUUUAUAAUUUUAAAUACAGUAACAUUCUAUUUUAUUUUUCAAAGUUCUGGUUUAUUGUUCAAUCAUAAAAAAAACUUAAUUUUGUUAAAAAUUAAAUGUUUCUAAUAACAAUAAUUCAGUUGUGAAUUGAUAAUUUAGUUGUGUCUUAGGAAAUACAAUUUUAGGGGGAAAAAUGGAAUUUUUUUUAAAUUUUGUAAUUGCUCGUAAAUAUUUUAAACAUUAUUGACAAGUAAUUCAUCGUAUACAAUACAGAUAAUUUAAUAUUUAUUUUUUGAAAUACACUAACUUCCUUUUUUUAUAGUUGUAAUUUAAUGAUCAUUUGUACAAUGUGUUUGAAAUCUGUUUAAAAUAAAAUAUCAGUUUUAAAUAACAAGUAUUUAAUUGUGAAUAUUCUUCAUUGUUAAGUCUUGGGAUAUGCAUUCUUAAAAAAAAGCGUACAUAAAUUGUGCACUUGCACUUAAAUAUUUUAAAUGUUAUUUGCAAGUAAUUCAUCAAAUACAAUAGUGCCAAGACCCUAUUUUUAUUGACAUUUCUCUUUAAUCUUAUCAGUGCAAUAUUUGUCAUUUUAUCAAUUAUUGUGUAUUCUUUUUAAGAAGAUCUGAUUGUGCAGUGUGUUGCUACAGUGUAUAAAUAUCUAAGCACUGCUUUUUAAAAGCAAAUUUAACUUUACGCACUGCUGAUUUAAUGAACUGAUUUUAUUAUAUGACAAACAUUUUAGUGUCAAGCUGGCAUAAAUGUACUUAAACUAAAAUUAUAUACUUAUUUUCAUUGUAAUUAAUGAAUCUAUGAGUUUGCAGUUUUGUUUUCUGUGAUAGUUUUGUUGAAGUGUAUGCUCAAUGUGAAUACAUAUGUAUGUUUACAAAUUUGUACACUACACAACACAUUCCUGCUUUAUGAAUGAGGGAAAUUUGUACAGUACAUUCAACUGAUGAAGCUUCGUACAGAGCUUUAUUCUCUAUGAAUAAUGUCACAUUUGAAAAGUGCUAUUCAAACCAAUAUUUGUUUAAAAAAAUUUUUGCACCGCUUAUAUGUAGCUUGUGCGGCUUUUGUAGAUGUGCUUUGUGAAAUGAAAAUUUAUGUAAAAAAAUGUAUAAUGUAAUAAAAUGCUACUAAACUA